UGAGGAAAUGCUUUCUGGGUGAAAAAAGCGGGUGAGCCCGGCCUGCGGCUGUUGGUGACUGAGAGAGUGUGGUUGUCCCAGACGGCUGCCAUCAAUCAUAGUGUCCCGUGAUGUAGCCACGUUGAGAAUGCGGCCCUUCUACUCUGUCUACUUGCAUCAUGUACUUCUCAGCCAGGAAGGGACACUGUUCCAGCUGUCCUUCCUCAACCAGGAUGCUGGAUCCUGCAGAUGAGGGAGGAAUGCAGUUUGCUGGGCCCGGGCCCUCAGAGGACUGCUUCAGAUAGUUGCGGAGACCCGUGGUGAUUUGGUGACCGAUUCAACAAACAGCUUUCCGUGUGCCCGGAGACUGCAAGGACAGAAGCGGACAGAGGGAAGAAGACUCAGAAAGUUCAGGUCCAGAGCAGCAGCAAGAUACUGCCCUUUCCGAUCAUGAAGCUCCAGGUAUUGGUGUUGCUGAUGUCCUGGUUUGGUGUCCUGAGCUGGGUGCAGGCAGAAUUCUUCACCUCUAUUGGGCACAUGACUGACCUGAUUUACGCAGAGAAGGACCUCGUGCAGUCUCUGAAGGAGUACAUCCUUGUGGAGGAAGCCAAGCUCUCCAAGAUUAAGAGCUGGGCCAGCAAGAUGGAAGCUCUGACCAGCAAGUCAGCUGCCGACCCUGAGGGCUACCUGGCUCAUCCUGUGAAUGCCUAUAAGCUGGUGAAGCGGUUGAACACAGACUGGCCUGCACUGGGGGACCUGGUCCUGCAGGACUCGGCUGCCGGUUUCGUCGCCAAUCUCUCAGUCCAGCGGCAAUUCUUCCCCACUGAUGAGGACGAGUCUGGAGCUGCCAGAGCGCUGAUGAGACUUCAGGACACGUACAAACUGGACCCAGACACGAUUUCUAGAGGGGAACUUCCAGGAACCAAGUACCAGGCCAUGCUGAGUGUGGAUGACUGCUUUGGGAUGGGCCGCUCAGCCUACAAUGAAGGAGACUAUUAUCACACGGUGCUGUGGAUGGAGCAGGUGCUGAAGCAGCUAGAUGCUGGGGAGGAGGCUACCAUAACAAAAUCCCUGGUGCUGGACUACCUGAGCUAUGCCGUCUUCCAGCUGGGUGACCUGCACCGUGCUGUGGAGCUCACCCGCCGCCUGCUGUCUCUUGACCCGAGCCAUGAACGAGCUGGAGGGAAUCUGCGGUACUUUGAGCGGCUGUUGGAGGAAGAAAGAGAAAAACCGUUGUUCAAUCAGACGGAAGCUGGACUAGCAGCCCAGGAAAACCUGUACGAGAGGCCUGUGGACUACCUCCCCGAGAGGGACGUGUAUGAGAGCCUGUGUCGUGGGGAGGGCAUCAAACUGACGCCCCAGAGGCAGAAGAAGCUCUUCUGUAGGUACCAUCAUGGUAACCGGGUGCCACAGCUCCUCAUCGCCCCCUUCAAAGAGGAAGAUGAGUGGGACAGCCCGCACAUCGUCAGAUACUAUGAUGUGAUGUCGGAUGAAGAAAUCGAGAGGAUCAAGGAAAUCGCGAAGCCCAAACUGGCACGAGCCACUGUUCGUGAUCCCAAGACAGGGGUCCUCACUGUUGCCAGCUACAGAGUUUCCAAAAGCUCCUGGCUAGAGGAGGAUGAUGACCCUGUUGUGGCCCGAGUCAACCGCCGCAUGCAGCAUAUCACGGGGUUGACAGUGAAGACCGCAGAACUCUUGCAGGUCGCGAACUAUGGAAUGGGAGGACAGUACGAACCCCACUUUGACUUCUCUAGGAGCGAUGAGCAAGAUGCUUUCAAGCGUUUAGGGACUGGGAAUCGUGUGGCCACGUUUCUAAACUACAUGAGUGAUGUAGAGGCUGGAGGUGCCACCGUAUUCCCUGACCUGGGAGCUGCAAUUUGGCCCAAGAAGGGCACAGCUGUAUUCUGGUACAACCUUCUGCGGAGUGGGGAAGGUGAUUAUCGAACGAGACACGCAGCCUGCCCUGUGCUUGUGGGCUGCAAGUGGGUCUCCAAUAAGUGGUUCCAUGAACGAGGACAAGAGUUCUUGAGGCCUUGUGGGACAACAGAAGUCGAUUGACGUCCUUUGCUCUGCCCCUUCCUGGCCCCACAGCCAAGUCAUCAAGUUCAGCGUGACGGAUUCCUUUGUGUGUUCCAGCUCCUGUCAGGCAGGUCAUUGGAGGAGCCAGUGUUUGUCUGAAUUUCAGAGAGUGUGUCCUGGGCCGAGUUCUGGGUGACCUGGGCCCCAGACUCUGGCCAGCCUAUGCUUCCUCUGGUUCCAAGGGUAGCACUGGUGUGGCUGCUGCAGACCCAGACUGUGUAGCACCUCACGCGGUGCCUUCGUACCUCAGAUGUUUCAGGUGGGAGAUGUUGUAGUGAAACCAAAGUUCUGAUGCUGUGUUUACAGGUUUGUUUUUAUGACAUUUCUAUUUGUUGUGGCUUUAACCAAAAAAUAAAAUCUCCCUGCCAGAAGCCUUAAA